GUGUAACAUACACACACGUCUCCAUUGUGCAGCCAUAUCCCAGGAUGAUCUGGACCACUUUUCACGGAACAUCCAGCUCAAUUUUACGCUGCUGGAAAACAGCUACUUCAACCAGAAGUUGUAUCAGUCUGAAAUUCUGCUGACCAAUAAUGGAGUCAGGACUUUACCUUCCUCUGGCUGGGAGAUAUAUUUUUCACAGCCAAAUGUGUACCCUUACCCAGAAGGGGUGGAGAAGCCGAAGUACGGAGUUCGAUUCUUUUUUCUCAUGGGCAACGUUUAUCGAAUGGUGCCCACCGAUCAUUUCGGAAAACUGAAGCCCGGACAGCGCAAAGCUAUUCGAUACAUCAGCGAGCACAGUAAUGUCGCCCUGACCGAUGUCCACCCAAAUUGGUAUUUCGCAAGUCCAGGUCUAGACGCCCGUGUGAUUGAAAACACUGCAGACGAAUCGCUGGCGUUUGUUUCCCCUUACAAUUCGCCAGCCAUGUGGAAGAGAAACACCAUAGCAAACGAUAACGAUUAUGACAGAUACAAUCCUCUCACUGCUGCCGAUCGCUACCACAAAUUGUCAGCUGAAGACAUGGGCACUAACCCAAAUCCUGUGCUACCCACCCCUGUCCAGAUGCCAGUGUACAACCCGCUGUCGAGGAUCAACCUGAUGGCUAACACAUGGGUGGUGGUGACUGCACCACUGUUUGCCAACGAGGCUAAAUAUCUCUGUGAUGUAUGGAGAAUUCAAAUGGUCUUGAAGGCGCCUUCAAGCUUCUACAUUAACUUUGUCGAGGAAGAGGUCGAGACGAGAGUCCGGGGACGAACACUGCCCACUCAUGAAGCCUACGACCUAAAGGUUGAAUCAUCUACAAACACCAUCACUAUACGGGCCUCACAGCCGGCGGGAGCCUUCUAUGCUGUUCAGACGCUUCUGAGUCUUGCAGAGAACAACGGCAGUAUUCCCGAAUCCCAUGUGAUAGACGCACCACGCUAUGCGUAUAGAGGUAUUCUCAUUGAUGUGGCGCGAAAUUUCCAGAGCAAGGAAAAAAUAUACAGAUACCUGGAUGUGAUGGCCAUGUACAAGCUGAACAAGCUGCAUUUUCAUCUGACUGAUGACGAAGGUUGGCGACUGGCGAUCCCUGGCCUCGAGGAACUUACUGAGCUGGGUGCAACCAGAUGCCACGAUCCAUCCAGAACCCACUGCCUCCUGCCAUUCCUAGGCUCGGGACCAUUACCUGGCCCUCCAGGCACCGGAUAUUACUCUGUGGAAGACUACAGAGACAUUCUCCGCUACGCCACUGCCCGUCACAUAGAAGUGAUCCCGGAGAUCGACAUGCCGGGACACAGCCAUGCUGCCAUCAAAGCUAUGGAGGCCAGGUAUCGGAGACUUCUGGCCCUCAACGUCACCGAAGCCUCACGCUUCCUGUUGAGUGACCUGCAGGAUGAGUCAGAGUAUCUGUCGGUACAAGCGUUUGCUGACGGAGCUAUGAAUCCUUGCCUCAAGUCCACGUAUACCUUUAUCAACCGAGUCCUAAACUCGCUUUAUGCCAUGCACAGGGAUAUUAGUCCACUUAGGAUCUUCCACUUUGGUGGUGAUGAAGUACCAACAGGCACGUGGGAGAAGUCUCCGGUAUGUACCCGAUUACGUCAGAGCGGCAUCACCUCUGACCUCAAGAAGUACAUGGUGGAGCAAAUCGCAAACAUGACUUCCUUAUUCGGCCUCGAUUUGGCAGCGUGGGAAGAUGGCGUCAUGAGUAACACGAAACCAAUGAGACGAGAACUGUUCCCAAACAGACAGGUUUAUGUCUACGCCUGGAACAACGUCUGGGAGUGGGGCACCAUGAGACGAGCAUAUGACUUCGCCAACAGUGAUUUCAAGGUUAUAGUGACACCAGCAACAAACAUGUACUUGGAUCAUCCUUACGAGCCCGACCCACGAGAGCCAGGGCUGUACUGGGCUACCAGGUUCACUGACACCAAAAAGGUGUUUGCCAGCAUGCCGGAGAACCUCUACAUGAACGCUGACACGUUCAGAAGUGGCAGGAACAUCACCAUCUGCAAGGGUGACGACAGUGAGCAGUGUCCGCCUCUGCAGAAGAGAGAAAACAUUGAGGGCAUUCAGGGAAGUCUGUUUGGGGAGCUACUACGAACUCAGUCCGUCACAGAUUAUAUGUUACUGCCAAGGUUGUUAGCUCUCUCAGAAAGAGCUUGGCACGAGGCCCCAUGGGAGUCUGAGACUAGCAAAGAAAGGAUAUACCGAGCAAUGGAGAAGGACUGGAAGCGAUUUGCUAAUACUUUGGGCCACAAAGAAUUAGCAAGACUCGACAGGCUCGGGUACAAGUACCGGAUCCCCCCGCCUGGGGCUGUCGUGGAGAACAACGUCCUCAGGACGUCGGUGACGUUUCCUGGGCUCCAGGUGGAAAUCUCUGACAACGCCGGGUCUAGCUGGAGAAUAGUUGAAGCCAGUACCCAAGUAGAUCCGGAGAAAGAUUACCUGCUGAGGACACGAUCUGCAUUUGGCACCAGAUACAGCAGAGAGAUCUCACUUUUCGAAGACAACAACAUUGCUUCUGUUCCGUUUACGUCAAUUUUUGUCAUGGCUGCGGGGUUAACGACGUCCCUAUUUUUUGUCUCUCUUCUCCAUUCAGUAUAG